CGAUCAUUGCCAUCUUCGCAUACUGUGGCCGGGUAAUUUGCUUUUUAUCCCAGGUUUUAUUGCAGAAUUGAGCCGUCUGUGUACACACACGAUUAGUAUGUGCCCCCAGCUGGGAGUCCCUUGCUGGUGAAGCUCGUAUCUGUGAUGGUGUGGCCCUUCAGGAUCCUGGUGGCUGGCGCAUUCCAAUGAGCGCCAACCGGGGAGGCAGGGAUGAUGCUUCAAAAAGUGAUCUCUUCGCGACAAAUUAAUUCACUAGGCACUCGAUCGACCACUACAAUUAUCUGACUCGCUACAUUCCAUCAAGCCCAAUUUCGUUCGGCACACACGCGUGCGAAAGGCACCACUCAAGGAUAUCAGAUCACCAUGGAGGAGCCAUUGACGGUCGCCGCGAUCUUUCGCGGUCCUUUCAACAUCCUCGCGAUUUCCGAAGUGCUUAAGGUAGUCGCUGCGGUAGGAUGGUCGGUCAACUAUAUUGGCAUGGUGCACCGUGCCUGGAAAGACCAGAUUCCCAGCAUUGGAAUCUUGCCUCUCUGUUGUGACAUUGGCUGGGAAUUUGUCUAUGCCUGGAUGUUUCCAGACUUCAGUUCGCACUGGCAAGGCGUUGUUCGAGUCUGGUUCUUCCUACACUCCGCCGUCCUGCUAGUUACACUUAAGGUAUCCCCCAACGAUUGGGCAAAUACCCCGCUGGCCCACAGACAUAUCGUCUUCAUCUAUAUCUUUGUCACUAUCGUCUUUGGAGCCGGACAGUACGCCCUCGCGGCUGAGAUUGGACCAGCCCUGGGAUUUCACUGGGGCGGGGCACUGUGUCAAUUUCUAUCUAGCUCGGGUGGUAUCGCUCAGCUGCUUUCUCGCGGACACACGCGUGGAGCGUCUUAUUUGAUUUGGUUUGCGCGCGCUAUUUCGACAUUUGCCGGCUUCAUCAAGCUGUGUAUCCGCUUCCAGCAUAAUGUUGAUGGAGCGCCUUGGCUAGAUAGUCCCAUGUGUUGGUUCUAUAUUGUCACUGUGCUCUCCUUCGACGCCGCUUACCCCUUUUUGUAUUUCUCAAUGCGAAAGUUUGAAACUCCUGCGCCCCAGAGGGAAGCCCGCAUCAAAAAACAGUGAUAGUAGACAUGUCCACUCCUCCAGGGCUCCAAUCCUGAACACGGUAUAUGGGAAAGUUGCAUCAAAAGACUGGAUGCCCUCCGUUUGGGGCCGGGUACAAUUUGAGCUACUUGGCUUUCAUGAAUUUAUGUCUGUUUUCUUGGUACAUUUGUAUUACAGUAUUUUCGGUAUUAGACAAGGUCAACGAGCCCAUUUAUCUACAGAAUUGUCAAAUGAAUAAGAUAACAGUUCACCGAAGU